GAACAGCCAAACCUGCAAGGCGCUGGUAUGCUAAGACUCUAGCCCACUCAAAGGGUAGAGGAAACAGAGAGAGAACUGAGAGAGUGAAGACCUGACGACCUACAUGCCUUUAUGGGGAACACCAGUAUUACGGAAGGGAAGACUGCCCUGUCUGUGGGUGGCUCUUCAAUAGCCCGGGGCAAGACUUCCAUCACCAUGGGAAAGUCCUCAAUCACCCGUGGGGUCACCACUACCUCUAUGGGCGACUCUACCAUAACCAGAGGCAAGACUACCAUCUCCCUGGGCACAGCCAGUUUCAGCCGAGGCAAAACUACAACUUCCUUCCGCAAGGCCCUCAUGCCCAAGCGCCGGACCAUGUAGAUGGAAAGGAGAUCUAUAAACACUGAAACAAACACCAAUACUUUCAAAGCAAGAAAUAGAACUGAGAAGGAUGAGACAACAGAUAUACAGCAAGAGAACGACUCCAAAGGC